AUUUAUUUUGUGCAUUCUUUGUUCUGCGUCUUUGUUCAGUGUUGUUUAUGUAGACAUUUCGCAUGUUUGUGUUGUACUAAGAGUUUUUUUUCUCUCCAUUUUAACGUUUGUAAAGGGGGUGCUGCUAUGAAGAGGGUUAGACCCUCUUUAGCUGAGUGACCUGAAAGGUUUCAGGAUUGCUUGUAUGAAACAGUUUAACAAAAGCCUUUGAUACUUCUUCCCAUCCUCUGCUACAUUGUUUCAAAAGUCAGAACCGUCAGUGCAGAAAAUAGAAGGGGACAGACGUAUAUAUAUAUUUCAGGAGGAAUUACAAAUAACAUUUGAAGCAUUUGUAAUCACUAUUGUGUAAAAUUCAGAAUUCAGUGUCUUUAAUCUGGUUAAAAUGGUAUUUUUUGGGGUUUACAUUCCCUUUAAGAAUAGAGCAGGUGCCACAAUGAAAUAAAUGUGCCCAUACAGGCUUAUAAAGUUCACUGAGCAGUUCAAGUGGGAUUGCAUGGACUUGUUCAUACUCUCAGUUGUCGUUGGACCAAUUGUCCUUAUUAUUUACCAUCAGAUCUGACAGCACUCUGAUAUAGUGGUGUUUGGAACUACAGGUGCCCGCUGAAGUCAGAUAGGUGAUGGCUUCCAGAAAAGUUUUGCAGGAGAUUCCUAUCUUACCUCCAUCAGCUGAGAAGGGGCCACAAGAAGAUGUACAGCGGCCUGUCUUUCAUAGGAAGCAGCCUCCAGCAGCCAGCAGUUGGACUGAUAUAUAUGAUGAAUGCAAGGAGAAUAUGGUGCCCCCAGAUUUGGAAUGCUCCACAGAGGGGCAAGUUGAACACCAGCAGAAAGUGCCAGAAAUAUUGGAGGAUUCAGAGAAAAGUGACAGGUUAAGGGAUUCCCAUUCACAAUCUGAAGAGAGAGUCUCAGGAUCUCAAAAUUAUUCCACUUUACUCCAGCCGGCACAUGAUUAUAAGGAAAUGGAAACCAAGGCAGAAACUGGGACUAAUUGCACACCUAGCAGGACCAGAGGAGAAUCCAAUUUGACAACAGAGUCCUGCCAUACUCCAAUAGACUUCACCAAAAGUGAUGUGAAUGAACUGGGUAUUACUACUGACAUCUUCACCAAGCACACAGGUACAUCUCCCAAAUCACAGCUGAAGCAUAGACGAAGAUCCACAAUUGGUGUCAGAGGCUCGCCUGAAAUGAACUUUCUUAUCUGCCAAAUUGCCAAGCAAAGGUGCAAGGAGAAGAGAGAGCCAGACCCCUUGGAGACCCCAUUUACAUCUCCUCGAAAUUUAUUAUUAAAAGACAAAAUGUGUUCGUUUCGGAAUGCUUUCCAGGUUCUUGAGGAGGAUGAAGGGAAAAUCCCCUUUCCUGGAUUUUCAGAAGAGACAGAAUCUCAGCCUGAAAGAGAGAUGACUGAACCUCUACAGAAGAAGAAAAGAAUAUACAGUAUUUUGGCUCCUGUGUGUGAGAAUGCAGUCAAGAAGCCCUCUCCUUUAGCUCUUCCAUCACCAUCAGAAAAAGCCUCCAAGGGCCUAAGCUCCUCUGUGAGCAAGAAGAUUCCCAAGUGUGACCAUAAGUUAUCCUCAGCAGCGCCUCCUGACCACUCCAAUUCUGCCAUCACUCAACCUGCCUUGCUGUCCUGCAAUGAAGACCCCAUUUCCCAAACACGUUCUCCUAAAUCCUUGAAGAGAAAAGUGAUGUUUUCUGAUCUGCUGAAUACUGAAAUGCCUGCCAAGUCUGUCUCAGUCCAUCAAUCAACAGAGAAUCCUAUUGAAUCCCAGCCUUGCUCCAACUUUACCCUGAAGCCUGUUCUGAAAAAGACCCCAAAAAGGGAUCCCUUUCAUAUGGAGUUGUCAUCACAGCGAUUUGCAUUUUGGGAGCAGGAUGAAGUACAGGGAGCUGUGCCUUUUACAUUUGGGGAGUCAUCUGACAGCAGGGAGAAUGAGUGUUUAAAAAGAACUGAAAGCGGCAAUAGUUCUGUAAAGAAAAAGCAAGUUACUUUUGGGAAAUCUCUGAGCCCUGAGUUUUUUGAUAGAUUCCUACCUGCAAACACCCCUCUGCGUCGUGGUGGAACGCCUUAUCAUCACCGCAAAUCAGAAGGCAGUACAACAGCUGAAGAGGAGAAAGGAGCAGACGAACCAUCGGAAUCACUGCCACAACCAAACUUUGAUUGUACGGAGGAAGAGGAGACCCUUAAGCCACUGUCAUUGUGUUUUGAAGCAGAGUUGACUGGAACUGAAGGUCAUAAGGACAACGCUGAGCCAAGGCAUGAAAUGGAAGAAAGCAGGCUGGAUCAGUCCACUUUGCAACAUGACCUGGGUCUCGCCCCUUCCCCAGCUGUCUCCUCUCCAGAGAAGAGUCCUUCUGUUCUGCAGUCAGACACAGAGAGUGUAAAUGAUAAAAGCUUCUAUGUCCCAGGACCUGCUGCCUCUGUUGCUGGUAACAGAGUGACACGCUCUACUUUGAAGAAAAAGAGUUGCAGCUCUGAAGAAGAUUCUGCUAGUGUCUCACAGGCAGAGGACGUUAACUGCUUAGCAAAUGUUGCAGAAAAGGGCAAGUCUACAAGGGAGAAGAAGCCUGUAAGAGUUGUGGCCAAGAAAGGACAGAUCAAAACAGCUCGUGGGAAAGCAAAGAAGAGCAGAGGGAAAUCCAAGAAGAGUAACCGGAAACCCCACUAUUUGGAACGGGAGAUGGUCUCAAAAAAGCCACUUCUGAGUCCCAUUCCAGAACUGCCCGAGUGCUAUCCCACCCCUCCAGCCCCAGACUUCUUGCAGGGACUUGGGAACCCAGCGCAUAAAAAGAGACCCGCAAAGACAAAAAGUGUUUUAAGGAGAAGUAGAAAAGUUGAACCCAACAUUGAGUGUUUCUCACUCAGUAUCUCUAAUAAUGGCUCUGUGGCACCGGCAGUAGAAGAAAAGAAGGAUGGAUCAGAGGGAACCAUACAAGAAGCAGACAGUAGACAAAUCUGUCUAGGGGUUGAGUCCUCUAAUACUGGCCGUACUGACCCACCUACAAAUAUAUCUCAAUUUACAGUGACUAGUUUAGACUCCUUCAUCCAGACUGACUCCCAAAGUAGCGAAGACUCCUUCCAUUCCACUUACAAAUCGAGGUUAGAAGAGAAGGAGCAGCAGCCUGUUCUGGAGGGGAAGGAAUUGUGUAUGGUCGCCAUUCAAAUACCUUCCCAGAACAGCACCAGGAAGCAGUCUAUUAAGCGUAAAAUUGGGGCACAGCAAGCAAGAGAAGAGGGACCUACUGAAGCAGUACUGGAAACCAAAGCACUCAAUACUGAGAGUCUAAAUAAGCAAACAUUUGAUUUGCAGCCUGUUAACAAUGAAGUUAUCCCAUCCCAUCAUAGUGAGAAUUCACCAGAAGACAGUUGCACCAACAGCAGACAUGAUGUCUUAUUUUCUGCAACAGAAACCGUAGAAGCCAAAAAAUCUAGGCGGUCCUCCAGGCUCCAUCGCAGGAGCUCAGUUUUAUCUUUGGCUCAUUCAGAAGUUUCUGCAGAGGAGAGCAUAGGAGGUGAUCCUCCUGCUGAAUCACUUUGUUUGGAGGAUAAAUUAGGCGACUGCAUGGGAGAAGAAGACUUUUUUAUAGAAGAUGCUCUGAGGUCCAACUUUCCAAUUGAGAAGAAGGUGAGACGAAGCAUGAGGCUACGAAGGGAUUCUGGUGUGGCUGGCUUGUCCUGGGUACAGGAGGAAAAGAGGAAAGAAACAGGCAGGAGAAAGUCUAUAUGUUUGUCUACAGUUUCACAAGCGGAAACCUCCCAACCGCUGCUUAAGGACCAAAUCCAGAGCCCACCUAAAGAAAACAAACCUGUCUCCAUCGUAGCCAAAAAAUCUCGGAGGAGGACUCUUUGCACCUCUACCCUUCAUGGAGCCAUCUGUUGGUGACUUCACCUGGAGUGAAUCUGCUAGUUUCUCCAAAACCGUGGAACUCUCCCAUCCGAAAGCCGAAACUAUGGAUUAAAACAUUCAGUGUGUUUAACUGGUGCAGCCCUCUUCUUCUUGCAGCUGGAAGAAUUAUUAAGUGUAGGCUUUCAACUCUUUUAAAUGUCUCACUGUGCGCGUCAUGUAAAGAUUUGUCUGUUUUUAAUGUGAGUCCAUUUUCCCUUUUUAUGUAAAAACGGGCGUUUUUCAACAUUCUUUAUUUGAAUUUAAUAUUAAAUGUAUCUGAACUGUG